AGUUUUUAUUUACUUUGUCACACUGUUUACUGGUAAUCUUUGCGUACGAAGUGUCUUUUUCUUCAUCCAUAGCGGUGCAUCUCCUAUAUAUUUUCUAAAAAUACAAUUACAAGGAUAGUGUUUAGUUAGGAAAAUGGCCUCUUGCCGUACCGGUCGCCUUCCCAUGCCGGAUGAUCCGCUGUUCAACCCGACGAACAUGCCCGGUCUCCGUCACAGCAGCCGUUUCGCCGCCCUUGGUAUGCUCGCUGUCAUCUGGAUUAUGUACGAGAAGCUCCGCCACUCCCACCAUUACAUCACCUACAAAGGCCCUGAGAACCCUUUUGCGCGCAUUCGUCACCGCCGCUUCCCUGGUGGCUCGUUCAUGUUUGGCUGGGGUAACAACGGUCUGAACCGUGAUUGCGGCGUGAAGGAGUUUGAGUGCUGGGCGGGUUACACCGGUAAGGAGUACACGUACUAG